AUGAUUUUCGCGGGAGACUUCGCGCAACAGCCUCCAGUGGGUGGUAAUGAGAGCGCUUCCCUGUACAGUCGAACUGUCGGCCGUUAUAGCGCGGACGCACAAAGCCAAAAAGCCGCGCUUGGUAAAGCUAUCUGGCAUCUGUUCACUGUCGUCGUCAUGUUAAGGCAAAAUCAUAGGCAAGAAGGUACAUCACCGCGUGAUCGCUCACUCCACCGUCUCCUUUACAACAUGCGCUGGUGUGAGUGCGACAAGACGGACAUCAUCUACAUGAACACCCUUCGCGCCGACCUGCUAUCAAACAAUUUGUCUAUUGCAGAGGCGCGCUUUCGCUACGUACCAAUUAUCACGCCAAGAAACAUCGUAAAAGACGGCAUAAACGACGUGGGAGUACGAAGAUUCGCCAUCGAGUCUGGACAGGAAUUGACGGAUUUCUUCUCUGAUGAUAAAGUGCCUGGAGGCGACAAGGACAAGCCGGUCCUCUUCAGUCAGCGUGUCCAGAAAAUGCUGUGGGACCAGGCGCAUACCUUCAGCGAGAUGAUCCCAGGAAAACUAUCCUUGUGUCACGGCAUGCCGGUCAUGCUUCGUCAUAACUGGGCGACUGAGCUCGCUAUGAAUAAGGGUCAGGAAGGCGUCGUGCACGACUGGGUGGCAGGAAAAGGCCGACACGGUCAGCGGGUCUUGCAUACUCUGUACGUCAGGUUAGUGAACGCGCCGCGUGUCAUCGAAAUACCGGGCUUACCUCAGAACGUGGUACCGUGCACACCUCGAAGCACGAUCAUCGAUUGCGACCUGCCUACAUAUAUAGGGUCGAAAAAGCUGAAGGUUGCGCGAGUCCAAGUCGAGGUCUUACCAAACUUUGCGAUGACGGACUACGCCUCCCAGGGAAAGACGCGCGAGUUCAACGUUGUCGACCUGAAGGAUUGCCAAGACCACCACGCCUACUACGUGGCGCUGUCCCGAGGAAGGACGUCGGACGGUACCAUCAUUCUACGCGAGUUCGAACCUAGCAAAAUACAAGGGGGUUGUAGCGGUGCUUUGAGGCAAGAGUUCAGGGACCUAGAAGUAUUGAAUGACAUUACACGUAUGCGAUAUGAAGGACAACUGCCGCAUACCAUUGUGGGACAUCGCAGGAAAGACCUUAUCGCGUCUUUUAGGGAGUGGAAGGGCGCUCAGUACAUGCCCAGUGACUUGCCUCGACCGCUGCGGUGGACAACCGAC